AUGAAGAACUACCUGUAUCUACUUUCACUCUUUCUAACUGUAUUCUCAGGUAUUCAGCCUUUUUCUCUUCGAUCCAUUCAAUUCCUUUCAGUAUGUGGAUCUGUUGAUCGAGAACGUCUCAUAGCGCUCGCAUGCGCGCGCAAUCCAGACCUUGAGAUGUGUGACCAAUUGAAAGCAAGAAAUGUGAGGGACAGUGGAAAGAAGAGUUCUGGGGAAAGUGAGUCAGAGUAGGAAAUGAAAAGAAAGUGGGUUGAGUGUUUGAGUACAAAACACAGGAUUUACACACCUGAAUAGGAAGAUUACAUCCAUCCAAAAGAAUACAAUCUUUUACUUGUUUCAGUGGUCGAACCGCCGCCGUUGCCUCCUUCGACGAAAGCUGCCAAAAGACGUGAUAUUCGACCUGCGCAUGACGAGGAAUCUAAAGAGAAAGUAGUCGUGAGUGUAGUAUGACACAUUGCUUUCUUAAUUUUCGACCUUUGCAGCAUUAUCGGCAGUUGACAGCAGAAGAAGUACAAAUUCUGCAGUUAAAGUGUUCGAGAGUCAGUCCGUUGGUGCUAAAGCAUUGCGAACCGAAGAAGACUGCUGCGAGGAAUGCCGGAAGAUGCGCGGCAUAUUUCCGAGACUGCGCACGCUUUAUUGAGAAGUCGGACCCUCUUGCAGCUAUUUCGAACUCUUUCGAUUCUGGAGUCAACAUCAACAUAGCAAAUGUAGACGUUAAAGGAAUACCAUACUAUCCAUUGAAUGAGGAAGGAGCUGUUGGAGUUGGAGUCGGAUUGGGAAUUCCAUUCGGAGCAUGGGGAGGAGGCUUUUCAAAUUCUGUGGGAGUCAGGUAAAUGGAAUUGGAAAACAGGUAAGAGAGAUUAACUUUAGGGAUUACUUCCAAGGAGAUCAAGAAGCGGGAGCCAAUUGGUAUGACGGACAGUAUGGAUACAAGGCACACUUUUUUAAACGAACGUGAACCUCUCAAAACGGUAAUCAUUUCAGAAUCACUGGAGCAUCCCGUUGGUGCAAUCACUAGGAGUGGAAGGAGGUCAACACAACACGGUCUCGUUCCCGCUGCACGGAAGAGACGCGGGCAAUCUGAAAGUUGACAACGGCUACGGAGUCGGAGGAUACUAUCAGCAGAACGACCACGUCGGAGUGAACUACAAGAGCGGCGACGUCAAGCACACUUUCGGAGUCAGCUCCCCGUUCGUCGGCGCCGGCUUCCAAACAGGAACGGCAGUUGCGUUCCCGGGACUGGACGUUUGGGAGAGAGCACUCGGGAGGUAA